AAUUAUUUUUCAAGGGAAAAAAAAAAAAAAAAAGAACAGAAGAAACCUAGAGAGAGACUGGUUGGUAGUUAAUCGUGCUGUUCGUUUUUCGGCGUUAGCGUUCAUUUGAAUUCCAAAACCUCUUCUCCUAAGCAAAUUUAUAAUUAAUUAGUCUUCACUUGUCCACUUCAAUUUCCAUCCUUUCCUCUUUUCUCACCUAGCUUGAAUCGAUUACUUCCGUUGUCUUCCUCCUCUGCUUCCAAUUCUAGGGUUACGAUCUUUAAAAAGAAUGCGAGAUUUUUUACCGAUUAAUUAUAGCAAAAUUUAAUUCGUUUUAAAAUGGCGAGUGCGAGCGAUGAGGAAGCCGAUGCGGUGCUCAGCGACGUGGAAUCAGAUGAGCCGGCACCCAUAGUUAUUAAAGAACCGUCUCCUGAUGACGUGUCGGUCGAGAGAUUCCGUGAAAUUCUCGCGGAGCUCGAUCGCGAGAAACAAGCACGAGAAGCGGCGGAGAAUUCGAAAUCGGAACUCCAAGUUUCAUUUAAUCGAUUAAAAGUUCUGGCUCACGAGGCGAUUAAGAAGCGAGACGAGUGCGCAAGACAACGGGACGAAGCCGUCCGUGAGAAAGAAGAAGCUUUGAGAUCGAACGAGAACAUAUCGGCGCAAUUAGCUGAAGCUAAUAAGAUCAAAGAGGAGGUUUCGAAACAGAGAGAAGAUUUGGCGAACCAAUUAGAGGAAGCAACGAAGGGAAAAGAUGGAUUGCGAUCGGAGAUCGAGACUUGUGCUCGUAUGCUUGUUUCCAGUAUCGAAAAAAUAUCUGGAAAAGUUAGUAAUUUCAAGAAUUUCGCUGCUGGAGGAUUGCCGCGAUCACAAAAGUACUCCGGAUUGCCCUCCGUUGCUUAUGGAGUAAUCCAAAGAACAAACGAGAUCGUUGAGGAGCUCGUUAAACAGACCGAAACCACUGCCAAGUCUAGAAAUGAAGCAAGAGAGCAGAUGGAGCAACGAAAUUACGAGAUUGCCAUUGAAGUUUCUCAACUAGAAGCUACAAUAAGUGGAUUACGAGAAGAGGUUGCAAAAAAAGGUAAUGUAAUUGAAAAUUUAGAGAAGAAUGUAGCUGAAAAGGAUGGGAAGAUUACGGAGACCGAAAGAGAGAUGUUGGAGAAAAUUCGUUUGGCUGAGAAUGAAUCAAUGGAGUUGAGGAACUUGGCUAGUGAAUAUGAUGAUAAAUUGAAAGGUUUGGAGUCGAAGAUGGAGUUACAGAGGCCGCUACUGGUUGAUCAAUUGAAUUUCGUGUCGAGAAUUCAUGAACGUAUUUAUGAUGUUAUUAAGAUUGUUGAUGCUGAUAACAUGGAUCAAUUAGAUGAAUCGGAGUCCUUUUUUCUUCCACAAGAGACAGAUUUGGAGGAAAAUAUACGUGCUUGUUUGGCAGGAAUGGAAUCUAUCUACGAGUUAACAAAAAUUCUUGUUGGUAAAACGAAGGAUUUAGUGGAGGAGAAGAAUCGUAAAGUGAAGAGUUUGAAUGAAACAGUUGGUAGACUGGUUAAGGAGAAAGAACACAUUGGCUCUUUGCUUAGGAGUGCAUUGUCCAAGAGGAUGAUAUCUGAAAAUAAAUCCAAAACCAAUGAGUUGUUUCAAACCGCAGAGAAUGGUUUGAGAGAGUUUGGAAUUGACUUCAAAUUUGGUAAACUAACUGGGGAUGGAAAUAAAGCUGAAGAUCAGGACUCUGACCAGGAUGAAAUAUACACUUUGGCUGGUGCAUUGGAGAAUAUUGUCAAAACAUCCCAGCUUGAGAUAAUUGAACUACAGCAUUCUGUGGAGGAAUUAAGGGCAGAGUCGAGUGUACUUAAAGAAACUUUGGAGGCUCGAGCCAAGGAGCUCAACCACCGAAUGCACCGUAUAGAGGAGCUUGAAAAGAAGGAAAGAGCAGCAAAUGAAAGUGUUGAAGGACUUAUGAUGGACAUUGCUGCUGCUGAGGAAGAAAUUACAAGAUGGAAAUCAGCAGCGGAGCAGGAGGCUGCUGCGGGACGAGCUGUUGAACAAGAGUUCUUAGCAAAGCUAUCGGCAGUUAAGCAGGAGCUUGAAGAGGCAAAACAAGCCAUGUUGGAAUCAGAGAAGAAGCUAAAAUUCAAAGAAGAGACUGCUGCUGCUGCCAUGGCAGCAAGAGAUGCAGCUGAGAAAUCAUUGAGGCUGGCAGAUAUGAGGGCAUCUAGUCUGAGGGAAAGAGUAGAGGAGCUUAGCCGUCAGUUAGAAGAGUUUGAAACACGGGAAGACUUAAGGGGUCGAAAUGGGUAUAGGUAUGUUUGUUGGCCAUGGCAGUGGCUUGGGCUGGAUUUUGUAGGGUUUCACAGACCGGAGAUGCAACAACAGAGUUCAAAUGAAAUGGAGCUUUCUGAACCACUUGUUUGAUUAUACUUUUCUUUACUCUUGUUCUGUGUAUUUAUUGCAAACUUUCAAGCUUCAAUAUAUAAGAUUCAAGUCAGUUUUUAGCAACUUAAUUCUUUAAAGCCCCUUCAUUUGCAAUGUUUUCCUAUUGAAUUGAAUUUUUCUCCUUAUGCUUCCAUGGUGACCAAUCUUAUCUAACUCGUCUAUUUUGCUUGGUUUCGCUUUCAAUCACUUUUGUUCUUAGUGUCAUUGUUGGAUUUUCUCCUUUAUCUUUUAUUUUCUCCUUUAUGUCACUCUCGUUCAUUUCACAGCUUUAUCAUCGAUGAAAUGUCAGAGUGGAAAGAGAAUUUUUUCUGUUCAUUUCUAACCAUUUAAACAGGAGUAUACGAGCAACUAAUUAACUCAUGGCGAGUAAGAAGUGGAACGGAAUUGUCUCUCUACAAGGACACAGCCUGAGUGAAUUCUCAAAAUCAAACAAAGAAUUUUAGUUGAUGUGUGUCGCUGAAUGGAGUUCUUAUAUUCUCAAGGUACUUUCAACUGAAGUGAAUGUUUCUUGUUAGUGUUUCUUAUGUAGUGGUUACUAAUUUAUUUAUAAUUUGUCUUAUGAUGAUAGCUCUUUGUCAAGAUGAUGAACUUCUACCAUUUCUCAUAUACAUGUAUUUACUCUAAAGGAAUUCUCCUUCUGUUGUUCUAGCUAGUUUUCCUCCAAUGUUUGUUGGUAAUGGAGUAAGUAGAUCAUUUUCAACAUAUACUCUUGUUUAAUCCAAAAAAAAAAAAUGGGCAAGGAAUUGCCAAUUGUAGCACAGUUCUAUGUGCAGCUUUGUACUAGAGUGGGUUGGGCUGACAGUCGGGUUUUCUUUCAGUCAUUUUGAUAUGAUACAAAGAAUGCUUCUAAAAUAAAGAAUUAGAUCAGGGAGGUAAAUAAGUUUUGAGUGUUGAGCGGGGUUAAAUUAUUGUAUCGAAUGGCUUAUCAUUCGAUUGUUGAAUGAUUUAUUGAUCGGGCUUUGGCUUAACAUGGAGGUCAUAGUUUCAAAUCAUGUAAUCCAAUUGAGUCUUGAGAGGCUGGUGACGAAUUCAAGUUCUCUAGAAAAUCUUCUUCACGGUUUAACCCAGCUCAUCGGAUCUUUGUUCGAUGAUGACAAGCGCUUCAAAUCGGCAUUUGUUAUUGGGGGAAAAGCUCAUGUAAUUCGUGGUUUUUUUUUUUUAAAUACAUCAUUGAUGAUUAAAUUGUA